GAUUGCUACGAUGAAGUUCUAUUUAUUCUCUGAGGAUGCUUCCUAGCUGGCCUCCAGCAAUAAUAAUAUGGAUGAUAUGGAACUUGGCAUGAAUCAUGCUUUACUUGAACACGUGCUAUCUUUAACAAAAUGCAGCUCUAUCAAUGAAAUAAAUUCUUUUUUGUUAUGGGGUCCAGCUGGUUGUGGCAAAUCACGUUUGGUUGAAAUGUUGGCGGAUGCAUUAAAAGCGGAUUUAGUAAAGUUUGAAAUGAAUAAAGUUAGUUCGCUGGCUGAAUUCAAGCAAAAAAUUGCAUCAAUCCUUGUUAAUGUCAGGAACAAUGACAAUAAUAAAAAUAAUCAUCAUAAUAAAAAUAUAAGUGUUAAUUUGCUAGAAAAACCAGUUAAAUUACUUUUUUUUGAUCAAAUUGAUUCAAUGCCCAGAAAGCACUACAGUCUGUGCCUUUUGAGUUUGAUCAAAAGCAUAUUGAAAAUGAAGCAGAGUUACUUUCAAUGUAGGGUCCACGUGUUUGCCAGUGCCUUGAAUGUUAUGAAUGUCCACUUGAAGUUCAUAAACGAAAUUUUUGUUGGACUUCCAAACAUACACGAAAGAAUCAAAAUAUUUGAAAACCUGUUGAACAAGAUACUCAAAAUGGAAGAUGAGAAAUGUGAACUUGUCAGUCAUCUACAUGAAUUAGGAGUGAGGAGUGCGGGAUUGAGCUGCGCUGAGAUUGAACAACAUGUCAACAAUUCAGUUGUGGAUUUCUUCUGCUGUGGCAACAAUGCUGAUUCACAAAGCAAAAAUGGAGUGCACGAGUUUGAUGUGUCUUCAAUUAACAUUCUAGAAUUCCUGAGAAUCAUUAUGAAAAAUAUAUCAGUGAGUAAACAACAGCAGAAAUGUAUAGAAUUGAAUGAUACAGAGCUGGUUGGUGGAUAUGAAGAAGAGAAACAACAACUCAUUCAGUCGCUUUGUUGGCCAUCAUCGCAUAAAGAUGUCUUCAAGAAGUUUAAUUUGACAUACGAUCGAGGAAUUUUAUUGCAUGGUCCACCGGGUUGUGGCAAGACAUCGUUAGUCAGGCUGGUUGCAAGCAUGGCCAAGAUGAAUUUCUUCUCAAUUUCAUCAGCACAGCUCUACUCGCCAUACCUAGGAGAUUCAGAGAAGGCAAUCAGCGAAGUGUUCCUACAAGCUUUGUCGUCCUCCCCUUCUAUCAUAUUCAUGGAUGAGAUCGAUUCGAUGGUUGGUUGCAGGCAGGCUGGGGGCAGAGGGUCGGUCCAGGAGAGGGUUCUGACGUCACUGCUGACCCACAUGGAUGGCAUUGGCUUCAAGGCCACCCUCCUGAAGGAUUGCUUUUCUUCUGAAUCUUCGGAAGAGGGCAGAGUUGUUGUCGUUGGGACCACAAACAGGUUGGAUUUGCUGGAUGCGGCACUUUUGAGAAGAUUUGACCGCCUGAUUCAUAUCGAACCUCCAUCACUUCAAAUGAGGAUUGACAUCUUAAAGUUAUACACAAAGCAUCUGCCCGGAUCUGCCACUCUCAACUUCCACGAAAUUGCCCAACGAGCCAACAACUUCACAGGAGCAGACCUUGAAAAUCUUUGCAAGCAGGUGGCCAUGAAAGUCUUGAACGAGUGUGGCGAUGCUGACUCUCUUCAUGUUGACGACAGUCAUUUUUUUUCAGUACUUCACUUCAUGAAGCCGACCAUAGAUCCAGGCUCGAAUAAACGUGAAAUGAGCACCCUUGAGUACUUCAUCCCAAUGUGAUAUAACCGAAAAAAAAUCAUUUUUGUUAAUUUGAUGCUUUCAACAUGAUUGGAUCCUUCUGCAAGUGCUUUUUAAGCAGCGAAAACUAAAAUAAAACCGUUACAAAAUAACGAUUCGCAAGUCAACGUACUUGAAGUUAAUUUAAGGCUCUUCUUGACUCGGAAAAUGGUUUUUUCCACUAACAUUCGGCUUUGGUACAACAAAAAGAGGUUGUCGCUCUAGGCAUAUAUGUUUAUCUGGCCCUGACGACACCAGUGCUUGAAUAAAGGAUGGGUUCACGUGAAUUUUUCAUAUCUAAACUCUGUGGAAUGCCUUACCUUGUUUUUUGUAUCAACAACAUUUUUCUCUAAACCUGUUUAAAGAAAAAACUCUAAAA